AUGAAUUAUGAUGAUCAAGCAAAUGUUUUAAAUUGCGCAAAAGAGCAUCCAACACUUCCAGAACUCCGCCAGUAUUGCUGGAAGAAAAAAGCAUUAACUGGAGCAUUUCCUCGAGGAAGAGUUGCACCUGAUGAAACCGGAUUUACUAUCAGGCUUAACAGAAACGAAAUAGAAUUUUCCAACAAUGGCAAGUGGGUUGAUGAAACAAAUCCAGAAGCUGUUCCAACCACAACAAAUCCUGUUGUAACUGAAAAUAAAAUACUCAGGCAAAGAGUGGAAACACUUACCAGAACUGCAGCCAUAUCUGAGAUAGAAGUUCAACAACUUAAAGCAGAAAUUGCUGAAGCUGAACAAAUUUUAGAACAAUUACAAAAUUCAACUAGAAAACAAUAA